GCGAAGGAGAUCAGAAAGGAGAUGUAUGAAGAGGAGCCGUACAUUCCUGGUUGGCAUAGGUGUGGGAAAUUCAGCAUCACCGCCAGUCUUAUCUUCAUCUUGCUGCUCCUGGUGCUGGGGGCCGUAUUUGGAGUGGUCGUGUAUCGCAUUACCAUAAUCGCUGCCCUCAAUACAUGCCGCAUUUACGAGAUCAAGACACAUCCAAGGAUUUUUGCUUCCUUCUCGGCCGCCAUUAUGAACCUGAUUGUCAUCCAAUUCUUCAACUGGGGUCAGUUGUACUCGCACCCGGGGGAAAAGGAAGCACGCCAGAGCUUCAGAUACGACCCUUGUGGACCAGUAGGAUGCCUCCUAGAGCUGAGCAUUCAGCUCUUUGUCUUCAUAGUUAUCAAGCAAAUUUUCCAAAUUAUGUGGGGACUGAUUGCACCGAAACUGCAGAGAUGGUGGAAAAUGUUGGUGAAUCGAAAAUGUCAUCAAAGUAUCUCUAGUUUGGAAGAAAACAAUGCCCUGUCUCCUGUCUCCGAAGAAAUGGUACUUCAUGACGAAUACCUUGAAAAAGCGAUCCAAUUCGGGCUCGUGACUCUUUUCGUGGCGGCAUUCCCACUGGCCCCGCUUGUCACCCUGCCCACCAACAUCAUAAAACUCAGAAUGGAGGCAAAGAAAUUCCUGUGCUCGAAGAGGCGCGUCAUACCGAAGCGGGCACAGGACAUCGGCGCUUGGUCCGACAUCCUGAGCACCGUCACCAACAUCGCCAUUGUUUGUAAUGCAUUCGUGAUCGCUUUCACAACGGACAUCAUUCCCCGUCUUGCAUAUCGGAUUUGGUAUACCUCGGACUUGAACUUACGCGGUUACAUCAACGCUUCUCUCGCAGUAUUCAACACCUCGGACUUCAACAAGGACUUCCUGUCCGAUGAGUAUAUAAAUGGGACGAUGCCAGAGACGUGUCGCUUCCCGGGAUACCGUGCACCCCGCGCAUCCUCCAACCAGAAUGGGCCGCACAAUUCUUUUGGUGUCACCGAGGUGUUCUGGCACAUGAUCGCCGCUCGUCUCGCCUUUGUUGUCAUCUUCGAGGCCGAGACCGACUCGCAGAGAGAGAAUCGGACAAACGAAAUGGAAGAAGAAAUCGGGGCAACCCAGAUACCCGCAAAGGUCGACCCAAUCAUCAUCAAGGUCAACCCGCCCGACUUGCCGGGCUAUAUCGCAGUAGAAACUUCGGAAUAA